GCCGAGGGGCCAUGGCUGGACUUCGGGAUCCCUAAAACAGGACGUGGGUCGCCUGAACCGGGGAACGGUGCCUGGGGAACGGGUCGAGACUAGGAGGGUGGACUGCAGACCCGGGGCCAGGACUUUGGAAAACGGAAACUGAGCGUCAGGACUCGGGGACAGGAGACUCAGGGGAUCCGGAGGGAAGCCGAAGACAUGAAGCCAGGAUAGGAGCUCCGCGAAGCAGGGAGUAGAGAGUCGGGAAACCAUUACCAGAAAGCGCCCUGGAACCUGAAGGCGCGAGGCAGGCAGCCAGGGAGUGAAAGAGGUUGCUGAGGCCCUGGCCAGCUGGGGGAGCUGGUGGCGGCUGCCCAGCAUAGGGACAGUUGGCAGCACCCGACGCCCCUCGGCAGGGGCUCAGACUCCAGGGCCUGGGAGCAGGGGUGCGUCUGGUGGCACACGCUUCUCUUCCCAGCUGCUUCGCAGUUGGGAUGGGAGCUGUGUUGUGAGAGCCCAGCCGCAACCGAGUCAGAUGGCCGCUGUGCGGUUGGCAGGGCCGAGGCUGGGCAGCCCGAAUGACCAGGCGACGAGUCUGCCGUGUCCAGCUUGGAAUGUCAGGGCCCAGAUGGGUCCCGGCCUGGGGCCGCCACCGAAUCGGACGGAAUGUCGGCAGAGCGCGGGGCUCGGAGCGGACAGAAUGUCCGGGGCGGCGAGGUGGGUCUCUUCGGAGCAGGCGCUGCGUGUGUCCGGCAGCGGCGGACAGAAUGUCCCUGGCCGAGUGGCGUAUUCAUCUACCGGGCAGCGCCUGCCCAGCUGCUGCAUAUGCAGUGGGGUUUCUGUGGUGGUUUGCUUAGAAUCCCAGCUCACACUUUGCAAACUUGUUUCUGUUCCUAGGGACUGCGGCCGGGAGCAGGGAGUGAGAGUAAAGGCUGCAGCCUGGCCUUAGGGUGGAGUGACGCUGGGAGACAUGCCCUCUCCAACCCAGACUAGAUCCAAGCAUCACCCCUAGACUUCCAGAACCCAAAUUUGAAGAGAGAAAGCCAGUGGUGGGAAUGCCAGUGGGAAUCAAGACCAGGGAAGGAAGGAAUGAACCACAAAGGGCAAUGGGAGGGGAAGGAGGAGCCCAGCACAAGCCCCUGACAGCCUCAGUUCCUUCACAAACUCGGAGUCAGCCCCUAAUACCGUUACAGCUGACCAGACACCCCCAGACUCAUUGCCUGAGUAUCAGCAGACUAGAGAAUCCUUCCCUGCAGGGGCAGGAGCAAGAGCCCAGGCUGGAAGAGAAAAUUGCAGCCGUUUAGGAAAGCAAACCCUGUGGUCUUGUUUCCCUUUUUGCUUCCUCAGCUCCACCAAUCCCAACACCAGCUUGGUGGCUGAGAAGAGUUAGGAAGGAGACACAUGGAAUCCAAACUCUGAGGUCAACAUGGGGCCUAUAUGGCCCUCCAAGUCUGGUUGGGAAGGAGGUCUCAGCCCUAUCAACUGCCCCGUUUGCUUUCCCUGUAGCUGGGGAAGGGCCCUGAUUCUUUUGGACCCAUACAGUGACUACCCAGCCUGACCCCAGCUCUUUAACCAGAGCCUUGUUAAGCUGAAGGGAACAGAGCGGAGAGAACUUUCCCAGUCUAUGUAAGUGAGCAAAACAACCCAGCUGGGGGCUGAGUUUUCGUGGAGACAAGUGCAAGGUGAUGUGUUUAACGAUGAGUAAUCUAAACAAGUGAGGCUCACCCUUUCUCACUUCCCACCCAUGAGUGGCAUACAAUACAACCCCCAUACUCCCACCUCCAUUCCACAAUUUUAAAGUUUGCUUAUCCCUGGCUAGGACAUUGUUUCUCAACCGUUUUUGUCACUUGCCCCCUUUUGAUAAAUAGAGAGUCACACCCCAAUACUCCCACUACAUUCUGAUACCCUUUUCAGGGGUUUGUGCUGCCAUCACCUUUGAAAAUCACUGAAUUUAUGGGUGAAAUGAAAGGCUCUGAGCCAGGAAAGGAACAGGGAAGGCAUUACAGAUGGUUCCCUGGAGACUUUAACCCAAGAUCUGCUUUUGCCAAAAAGGCCAAAGAGAAUAGCAUUAUAAUGAAGAAGACUGGAAACAAAAGACAGAACCUUCUCCCAUCCUUGCAUAAAACCACCUAGCUGAGUGCUUGUCUAGUUACUGGCUCUUAGGGAGAAUGUCAUGGGCCUAGAAAGGGUCAGAGACUGGUCGGCAUAACAGGGUGCCAGGGUCUGCUGGAGAUCGCAGACUUCAAAGUUUAGGCCGCUGGACAGUGAGAUAGGAUGGAAAACCACAAAAUAAUUAAAGGUCUAGAUAAGCAGAAGACGUUUGCUCCCCAAAUCCUAAAACCAGAGAUGAGGGGGCCUCUUAGAACUGGAGUGAUGCAAGCUCAGGAUGAAUAGGAAAAUGUUCCUUGGCACACAGUGGGCAGCAAACUUCCAGAGCUCAUUUCCAGAGAGUGGUAGAGGCAGGAAAUAGAAAUGGAAUCCUUCAGGGCUUGGGAGGAUCAGUGCAUGUCAGAGCCACAAAUGGCUGCUGGGGUGGAGGGGGCGAGGAAUGGAAGAGCUCAGUCCCUGGUCUUAGGAGAACCGGAUUCGAAUCUCUUCAAUCUGUGUAACCUUGGACAAAUUUGUCUUAUUAGAGGUGAAAUAGGGAUGGUCAUUCCUGCCACUCAAGAUGGUUGUAAGAGUUAAAUGAAAUCAUGUAUAUGAAAGCCCUUCAUAAAUGGAGAAUUACUACAGAAAUAAGAAGCAUUAUCGCUAUUAUUAUGGCCAAACUUAAGUUCCUUGUAACCACAGAAUCUUUGUUUGGAAAGGUGGAGUCUCAAGUCUUAGAUCAGCCUAAGAGCAUCCCUGAUCCAGACACAGGGAGAUUCUCAAGGACAGACGGAACACCCUAUCCCAGGCUUCAGAAGCCAGCUACUACCCAAGCCUCUCUCUAAGAGUUCCAGGGAGCUCCCAAAAUGCUUAGCUUCUCUACCAGGCCAGAUAUCCUGAUCUGAUCCCUGACAGUCUUCUGCUCAAGGAUGUGACUAUGAGCCCAGAACCCAGGUCCAAGAAGGGAGGGCAGGGGAGACAGGCUGGAGUUGAGUUGGGGGUGGGCAUGAAAGAAGGAUGGAGCCACACAAAUCUUUUCUUCUCCAUUUACUCUAAAUGAUGUUUCCUAGAGUGUGAGGGAGGGAGAUGACAGCUAACCUGAAGGGUCCAUUAGGUCCUGAGCUUUGGGAUUAUCUAAAGUGUCUAGCCCAUGGUCAUCAACAGGGAUCCAUGCUAACAGUGAUGGGGAGAGAAAGGAAAAGAAGAUAGGCUGUGGAGUGAAAAAGAGCAGCUUUCAAAACUCUCUGCACUCCUUUUCCAUUGCCUCCCCUUGGGCCCUUCUUUACUUUACACCUCUCAGUAUUAUUUUCCCUUUCCUAUCUCUCCCCUGCCCAAUGCAUUCUGCUCACCAUUGCCAAAAAAAGGUCCCAAAGAUGCUGCUUUUAUGUCACUCCCCUGCUUACAAGACUCCAGUGACUCCUACUGCUUGGAGCAAUGUCCCUCAGUGGGGAGGUGGGGUGGGAGAGGGAGUUAUAGGAGUGGGAGAGGCUCCCAUGAUGCUGAACAUGGCCUAUCUUCCUGGCGUGGCGAUGUCACUUGAAGAUGUCACUUGGAGAUUUGGAGAGAAAACUUUAUUUUUAUAUUAAAACAGACACAAUUUAAGUAUAGAGUAGAAUGUAAAAUUAGCUUCAAUUUUUAGCAGAAGGCUGGAGAUCACAAAGAAAUUUCAUACUGGUAGCAGCUGUUUCAGGUUGUGCGCCUAGUUUCCCAGGGUGAUAUUCUCUUACUAGGCUUAGGGGUGUUUUGAUGGAAAAGCUGGAGAUGCUGUAGCCUAGGCUGUAUCAAACCUGAAAUACCACCCUUGCCCCUCAUUGGAGGCACCCUCAGCCUGAUGCAUUUUUCUCUGACGAUUUCCCAUUGCCUACACUGGGACCCCGGACAAGCUAGGCUCCCUGUUGCCCUCUGAAACUGCCAGCUCAUUCCCAAUACUACUCUAUUACUUAGAAGCCUCUGCCCCUUCUCUGCCUUCCCAGUCCCCAGCUCAGCCAUGUGCUACAUUCUCCCAGCCCCCAAACUUGAUACCAUCUUACAUGGGCUUCCAUUUCUCUGAUCUCCCCAAUCUGAGAAUCAGGCCCGUGCAGCCCAGCGUUCGUUCCAUCCUGUGCUCUGUUUGCCUUCCCAGACUGUAGGCUCCUAGAAGUUAGGGUCUGUGUCUUACCAUUCUUGGGGAUCUGUUUAAGCACCUAACACUUGCUGAAGGAAAGUAGGAAGGAAGGGAGGGAAGGGUGUGGGGGCCGACUUCUCUGAUCCCUGAUUUACCCCUUGAUAAAUUCAGUGCAUGGAAUCAUUGCUGCCUCCAUCUGAGUCUUAGGGUUUCCUCUUGGGACUGUGAACCUUGUCUAUAGCUGUCUUCAUUUGCUCCCAUUUGCUCACUGCAGUUAAGGAGACCAGACAGUUUGGGUGCUCAGCAUCCCUAAUGAACAUGAUGCUGUGUGCGCCUAUGGGCCUCACUUCAGUUUCAGGUUUAUGGGAUAGUUCCAUACUAGUUUAGGGCCCUGGUUUAUACCUAUUCGCCAACUUGCUGCUUGCCGAGCUGAGCCACAGCAUCACAACUCCAUCCCCUCUUAUCUUCCUCUUCAUUCAGUCCCUGCAAGGGAAAAUUUUCUCCCAUUUCAGUUCCAGGGUUUGCCUCCUGCCUUGGGCAUUAUUAUUGCAACUACUUGGGGGCUCUCUGGCUGUGGCCAUGGUUUACCCUUUGGCUUCAAGACACAAGGCAGCUGCCUUCUUGCCAUGAGCUUUUGUCCCUUGGAAACCAUGGCCUCCCCACUAUGGCCUCUCUGGCCUGUGACAGUCUCUGCUCUCCACCUUAGUGUAUCUUGGUUGUUUUGUUCUUGCUGCCAUCCAUGACAGCUUCCUGUAAUUCCAGCCUGUACUUCAGAAUCAGAGAAUGCCUGUAGGCCCUGUAUUCUCCCUAGGGGUGGGAUUGCCACCCUCACACCAGUAGUGCCUGGGCCCUUAAGGGUGUGUCAGAAAGGCCAGAAGUGGGGCAGACAGCCCAUCCCAGAGUUGGACUCAGCACUAUUGUUAUCUCUUGAUUCUCUUUGGCCCUGUCUGGUAUUUCCUACCAGCAUUCACCAAACCUGAGGCUUCCAGACCUCCUGCUUCCAAACCUGUCCACUGAGGGAGGCGAAGUCCCUGGCCUCAGUCCCAACUCCCCAGCUUCCUGACCCCCAGCAACUUGAGGGGAGCUUAAUCUUCAGCCAGCCGGUCUCCAGCUCAGACAACAGCUUGGCACCCCCAGCCUCUGCCUGACCAGCCCACCCAGACAUGAGUCUGCCAGAGGCCUAUGCCCCCACCCUCUAUCUCUAUUGCCUGCCUGGCUAUAGUGUUCUUGCCUUUUCAGUUUCACGGUCUCAGCUUCAUCCCCUCUCUCUGCUAUUACUAACCCGGUCAAGAGCCUGAAGACUUUAUUCUUCCCUUUACCAAUCCUUGGUCCCCAAACUGGCUCCCAGCUUGGAUCACUCUGCUCAUUUGGCUCUCACCUUAUUGCCUGGGACUUCCUUUAUGUUUGGCACAGAGUGCUCACAACACACAUUGCAUCCCUCUCUAAAAUGCAGCAUACUCAUCUUUAUUCACCAGAGAAUUCUUCACUGGGAAAUAAAGGGUCUAGGGAAGUGAGCCACUUAAGCAAGGGCAGAGACAAGGAUGAGGUCUUAUUUACCACUCUAUCCUCCGUGCCUUACUCAAUGCCUAGCUCACAGAAGGUGCCAAAUAAACAUCUGUUCAAUGAUUGAGGAAAAAAAAAAAAUACUUGGAUAGAGUUUUAUCCUUAUCCAUUUUUACAUGUUAUGUUUUAUUUUAACCUCAUAACAAUACUGAAGGUAGUUAAGCAAGAGAUUAUGAUCUCCCUUUUAGAGAUGAAAAAAUAUGCCCAGAGAGGUAAAGUAAUUUGCCAAGUAUGCACAGCUAGUAAGCUGGGGAGCCAGGACACGAACCCAGAUCUUUUAACUCCAAACUGAAUUUCUUUGGGCUAUACCAGAUUACUUCCCUAAGAGGGGCCUGAGCAGUUUCUGGCCCCACUCCCACCCCAUCCUCUUCCUCCAGCAUUUUCAUGCCUUCUCCCCACUCAGUCAAACAGGCUCUCCUCAGCAGCCACUGAAUGUAGACCACUCCCCUGGCCCCUUAGCCUCCUCCUCCCCAACAGAGUCCUUAGUUUCUGGGACUGAAAGCUGAGGUUCAGAGGGGCCAGGAAGGGGAGGGGGAAGGGUAGUGGCUAGCUCCAAAACAGCCAAGGCAGCUGUCCCUGUCACAGAGAGAGGAGACUGUGUGACGGUGUAUGUCUGUCUGCCUGAAUGUGGGAGCGCAUGUGUGGGAGAGUGUGUGUUUGUACGCCUCUAACUCCAAGUCCAAGUGCUUAUUUUGUCUGAGUGGGGGCCCAUGUGUGUCUGUCUGUCUCUGGGAACACACAGCCUGAACUCUGCUUUCUCUGCCUCAUUUUUUACCCUGGCCCUUAUCUCUCCUCACCCUGCCUCCCUCUGCUGAAAUAAAGGGUGAAACCAGGACACACAGGUAUGGAAUGCUGGGGGAAAGGGAGUUUGGAAAAUUGGAAGUCUAGAGUCAAAGCAGACUGGAAGGAUGAAUGGCAGUGGUGGAUUUAGCUUUCCCUACAGGCGAAGCCAAGUGUCCCUCUUUUCCCUGCUCUGUGUUGCUCUCGUGGCCUCUGGAGAACUCAGGGGCAUUCUUUGCAUUUUGAGCGCAUCUUGGAUAUAAAGUGAGAGGAGACUUCAGAGCACCCCUUUUUCUAGCUGUCAGUUCUAAGUCUGCCCAGCUAUUUUGGAAGAGCUAUUAGUCAAGGCUGCCACAGGUCUCUCCCAAGGGCACCUCUCUUCUAUCAGAGCAUCACUGGGCCAGCCCCAAGCCCCUAGCUCCUGACCUCAACCUGGAAGGGGAGGUAAGCUGAGCACCCCCACAGCUGGCCUGACUUCUUUCCUUCCUUCCAGGGUUCCCUUCAGCUCUGCCUCUCGAACCCUAGGAAAAGGUCCAAGGUCUAGGCCCCUCUGCCUGUGGAAAGAACAGGGACUGUUUCUCAACCUCCUGCCUUGACCUCUGUCCCACCCCCAAUCUCACUUAGGGGGCGGAGGGCAGCUGUCACCUCUGAGCUGGUUGAGGGGGCAUUACCAUGUGCAAAUACAGGCCACUGCCCAUCUGUGCCUCCCUGAGAAAGGCUCCUAAUAAAUUCAGAGCAGCCAAGUGACAUACAUCUCAAUCAAGGCUAAUCCACCACAUUAAUGCCACCUUGCACAGCCUGCAUUAAGUCCCUGUUAAUGGGGAGGCACAUGAACCCCUCCCACCCAGCUCUUCACCCCUGUUCUUUUUCCCUAGCCUGCUUUGGUUCUCCUCUGACCAAGAGGCAUCCGGAGUUCUUGAGACCCACUGGUGCCCCUUUCCCUUCCUCCCAGCAAAGAGGCCUGGGAGAGUCAGCGGGAAAGAGGACUCUGCAGGGAAGACUUGGAGAGGGACCCAGGCAGGUGCCUGGGCAACGUCAGAGUCCUCCCUCCAUGGAGUUUGGCCUGCUCAGCGAGGCGGAGGCCCGCAGCCCGGCCCUCUCGCUGUCGGAUGCCGGCACUCCCCACCCCGCCCUCCCAGAACACGGCUGCAAGGGCCAAGAGCACAGCGACUCGGAGAAGGCUUCGGCUUCGCUGCCCGGCGGCUCCCCGGAAGACGGCUCGCUGAAGAAGAAACAGCGGCGGCAACGCACGCACUUCACCAGCCAGCAGCUGCAGGAGCUGGAGGCGACCUUCCAGAGGAACCGCUACCCAGACAUGAGUACGCGCGAAGAGAUCGCCGUGUGGACCAACCUCACCGAGGCCCGCGUGCGGGUGUGGUUCAAGAACCGGCGCGCCAAGUGGCGAAAGCGCGAGCGCAGCCAGCAGGCGGAGCUGUGCAAGGGCGGCUUCGCGGCGCCGCUCGGGGGGCUGGUGCCGCCCUACGAGGAGGUGUACCCCGGCUACUCGUACGGGAACUGGCCGCCCAAGGCGCUCGGCCCGCCGCUCGCAGCCAAGACCUUCCCAUCCAACCAGUAA